GGUGACGAUCGGCUCUGUGUCCCCGAGCAGACGAUGAGAUGUUCUCCGACAUUUACAAGAUCCGGGAGAUCGCGGACGGGCUGUGCCUGGAGGUGGAGGGCAAGAUGGUCAGUAGAACAGAGGGUGCCAUUGACGACGCGCUCAUUGGUGGCAAUGCCUCCGCUGAAGGCCCAGAGGGCGAAGGCACCGAAAGCACUGUAGUCACUGGUGUAGAUAUUGUAAUGAACCAUCACUUGCAGGAAACCAGCUUCACAAAAGAGGCCUACAAGAAAUACAUCAAAGAUUAUAUGAAAUCAAUCAAAGGCAAACUUGAAGAACAAAGACCAGAAAGAGUAAAACCGUUUAUGACGGGGGCUGCAGAGCAAAUCAAGCACAUCCUUGCUAAUUUCAAAAACUAUCAGGUAAAUAUUUUAGUAGGUUGAUGAAUGUUACAAAGC